AUGCUAGUGAUGCCCACCCCAAGUAUUAUACACUCAUUUCUUGCCUUUAUUAUGUGGUUGUAUCGAUAUCUUAUUUCGGAGCAUCCAACCGAUGCAGUGGAGCAGGCAAAAAGCUCAUCAAUGACGUCAUUGGACGAUUCGUUGCAGAAACCGUCGUCGUUUUCAUUUAGCGUUCGCGAUGCGUGUGUGGCAGCUGGACAAGUGGAUGCAAAAGUGUUUCGUGAUGCUGAACAACCAGCUACUAUAAUGUCACACCUUGAUCAAUUCCGCCGGAACGAAAACAUGUCGAUGGCCAGUCCGUUGGCAGCUCAUCGCUUUGUGCUCGCCGCAGCGAUACCUUACUUUCGUGCAAUGUUCGGUUACGAUGUUGUCGAAGCGAAGAUGGAUCGAAUCCUUCUGAAUGAUAUCUCAUUUGAAGCCCUGGAUGCAUUGGUGAACUUUGUCUACACGAGUGAAAUUUCCAUAAAUAGCGAUAACGUACAAAGUUUGCUGUUUGCAGCGUCCAUAUUACAGAUGGAUUCCGUCUGUUUUGCAUGUCAACGAUUUAUGACCCAAUUGCUCACGACGAAAAAUUGCCUUCUCAUUCGGCAAUUUGCCGAGCAGCACAAUUGUGUCGAUUUAUUGAACAGUUCUGAUGAUUAUGCGGUGGACCAUUUCAUUGAGUUGCGGGAGCUCGACGAAUUCAAGCAGAUCGCAUUUCCUCAUCUGCGAGAUUUGAUACGAAGAAGCGAUUUGAAGAUCACCAGUGAAGAGCAGGAAUCACGGGAAUGUACGGAUCUAGUAUCUGAAGCAUUAUUCAUCAUGUUAGCACCGCUGAAAGGUACGCCGAUCCCUGUUGGUGCCGCGAUUAAUGACGAGUGUGGUGGGCAGUACGCCGCCGGAUCGACACUGUCAAUACCACGACCUCUAUCGCCAUCGUCUCAGGCUUUGCGUAGCAGGCCUAGGAAAAGCGUAGCCGGGGUCAUUUUCUGUGCUGGUGGUCGAGGCACUGGUGGUGAUCCGUUCCGAUCAGUGGAAGCAUUCGAUUGUCGACUGAAUCGCUGGAUAUCCAUUUGCGAAAUGACACAACAACGGCGACAUGUGGGCGUGGUCAGCGCUUUGGGGAAACUGUUCGCAAUUGGUGGUCACGACGGCAUGCAGCAUUUGGCGUCAGCUGAGAUGUUCGAUCCGAGGGAAGGCGUCGGUUGGCGGCGGGUAGCGCCCAUGCGUACCUGCCGCCGAGGAAUUGCGGCCGCGGCCCUUGACGGAGCCAUCUACGCUGUGGGUGGGCUAGACGACACGACCUGCUUCAGUACUGUCGAGCGCUAUGACAUCGAAUCGAACACCUGGUCUGAUGUGGCUCCGAUGAAUAUACGACGGGGUGGUGUUGGCGUCAGUGCUCUUGGUGAGUGCCUAGUGACUAAAGAAUUUUCUCGAACGUAUGGAAAAUUGGGUAUAAUGUGCUAUUGGCAUGUGUUAUCCUUCAAAGAUCGACUAGUGCAGCUUAAACCUUUCACAGGCAAGUUCUUAUUCGCUGUUGGAGGCAACGAUGGUUCAUCGUCAUUGGAUUCAUGUGAACGAUACGAUCCUGUACUUGACAAAUGGAAAUUGGUCUCAAAAAUGACGAAUCGAAGCUGGUGCUGGUGUUUGUGUGUCCUGGAUGGUGCUCUCUAUGCCCUCGGUGGUUUUGACGACAACUCACCUCUAUGUACCUGUGAACGCUACGAUCCGCAUACGGAUCAAUGGACCCAGCUGGCAAAUAUGACGUUCUCAAGAGGUGGCGUCGGAGUCGCGUCAAUGGGCGGUCUCGUCUACGCAAUCGGUGGACACGAUGGUCAGCGGUAUUUGAACACUGUUGAAGCGUACGAUCCAGUGACGAACGCCUGGACUCCAGUGACGGACAUCAAAGACUGUCGAGCAGGUGCCGGUACUGUCGAGCGCUAUGACAUCGAAUCGAACACCUGGUCUGAUGUGGCUCCGAUGAAUAUACGACGGGGUGGUGUUGGCGUCAGUGCUCUUGGUGAGUGCCUAGUGACUAAAGAAUUUUCUCGAACGUAUGGAAAAUUGGGUAUAAUGUGCUAUUGGCAUGUGUUAUCCUUCAAAGAUCGACUAGUGCAGCUUAAACCUUUCACAGGCAAGUUCUUAUUCGCUGUUGGAGGCAACGAUGGUUCAUCGUCAUUGGAUUCAUGUGAACGAUACGAUCCUGUACUUGACAAAUGGAAAUUGGUCUCAAAAAUGACGAAUCGAAGAGCUGGUGCUGGUGUUUGUGUCCUGGAUGGUGCUCUCUAUGCCCUCGGCGGUUUUGACGACAACUCACCUCUAUGUACCUGUGAACGCUACGAUCCGCAUACGGAUCAAUGGACCCAGCUGGCAAAUAUGACGUUCUCAAGAGGUGGCGUCGGAGUCGCGUCAAUGGGCGGUCUCGUCUACGCAAUCGGUGGACACGAUGGUCAGCGGUAUUUGAACACUGUUGAAGCGUACGAUCCAGUGACGAACGCCUGGACCCCAGUGACGGACAUCAAAGACUGUCGAGCAGGUGCCGGUGUGGCAUGGGCGGAUUGCAGUAUCGACGAUCUUCUACGGCCAUUCCAACCGGACAGCGGCUAUGCGCCAUCUGGAGGUAAUCACUGUAUAUAA